UGGUUUAUGUAUAAUUAUUGUUUUGUUUAAUAACUUUACGGUGUGCAAAAAAUGUGUUAUAAAUAUUGUCGCGUAUAAAUAUAAAUAUCAAUAUCAAACGACGCCUGCCGCACGUUCGAAACAAACUCAGCUCAAGCUCAAAACAUGCAAAUACUUGUCAUAUUUUUACAAAAACCAUAAACGUAAUGAGUGCAGUAACAACAACAACAACGACGAAAGGGCUGCUCAUCAUUAUUAGCAGCAGCAGCAGCGAUAGAUAAAGCUGCAAGAGCCAAACGCCGACGGCAGCGAUAAAUAUGUGCAGUCAACAAAUCGCCAAGUCAUAGAGAAGCCAAGAGAGAGAGAGCGAGUCUGUGUGUAAUCAUAAAAUAGGCACUCAGGCCUGAAGUUCUAGCAACUACAACUAUAAUCCAAGUCACAUUGCUCAACGCACACACACACACACGGACGCAAACACACAUUUUGUAUAGUCAAACAGCCCCCGGGUGCUGCAAUCAAAGUUUGCUUCAUCGUAACGACAAAACGGAAGUGUUGAUAUUGCCAACGCUUCAAGCUUGUGGCAGCGAUUGUGGCACUAACUGUGCCACACCAUUGAAAUUGUUGUCGCAUAACGACUUAAGCUGCUCCAAACGCAGCAGCAGCAGCGUCAGCGUAUUCUCUUCGUAUACGUAUACGCAACCCCUGCCUGGAGCUCACACUUGACAUCACACAUACGCAGCGUGUGUGUGUGUGUGUUAGUUUGAAUGCUUUAAAGGUCCUUGCCAUCUCAGUCUGUGUGUUGCUGCUGCUUCAAGUGAUUUUGUUUACUUAUGCCUUCUAUUUAUUUUCUAUUUAUUCGAUUUGCAUUUCAAUCUGACAGCGUCUGCGCUUUGCUCCAGCGCCAAACAAACUUUCAAAGAUUUAGCAUGCAAAUUUUCUUCUGUAUACACACAGAGAAAUCUCUCAAAUACACUUGUAUUGCAAGGCUAGACUUUCAGCAAAUACAAAGCCAAGUUAUGCCCAAGAUUUUUCCCAAGUGCUGCUAGUCAAUUCCAUUAAUGGUUUCAUUUGUGUGUGAAGCUUUGGGCUGCUUGGCAUCUAAAAGAUUUGUAGGCAGGCUCGCUCUCUUGGCUCUGGCUGCGAAAAUUGACAAAUUGGAACGAAACUGGCAGGCAGCCUACACUUGUAGUUGCAGCUUAUGGCCUACGCUCUGAAAAUUUUGGACUAGCGCCAGGGCGUGGCAAAGGCAAACGAACAGAGCAAAUGCCUUGGCAACUUCCAUAGCCUGACAGCUGACUUAAUUAACGUUCCAAAUAUCGCAUUAUCGCACAAGUGUAAACCGCAGAGUGUUCUCGGCUGCCUGCAGAAAGAUGUGUCAUUAAAUAUUGAGCCGAAAUUUUAAUGAACAUUUUAAAUUUUACCCCUACGCAUUUGCUUUGGGCUAUUUUAAAGCUUGUGGCCGCCAAAAUGCGAGUGGCCAAUUUGUACUCGUAGAGCUAUGCGUGUGUUAGUUAGUGUGUAUCUGUAUGUGAGUGACAGCAACAACAACAUGAUAAAGGCGGACACACAUAGCAAAAGCUAAAAGCGUGUCCGCACAUGAAAAUAAAACAUCAUGAGGAAAUUAAUUCAGCCAAAAGAUAAAUACAAAAAAUGAGAUAAACAUACUAGUCAUGUAUAUCUAUAUAGUAAAAGGCUAUAUAAAUAUGUGUGCUGCUUCUAUAGCUGAAGGAAAAUAAUAUAAUAAUGGCAUUUAGGACUGUUUUUUUUGUUGGUUCUUCCAACAGCAGCAACUUAGUUGCUUGGGCAAAGCGCCCAAAAUAUACAAAAUAUAUAUAUAUGAACUGCCGUGUAUAUAGAACAUAUAGUAGAGCAUAUAUAUGCUGAAAGAUGCUUAAGGCAAGCGGCAGAGCGAGAGUGACAUGCUUUAGCACAGCUGUUGUCAUAUAAAUCAUUAGCACACUAGUAUACAGGGUGAGGUCAGGGCUAGUGUGGAGUGACAAUGAAAGUGCAAAGCAGAGAUUAGCGUAGGUGUAGCUACGGUAUGCAAGUCAUUUAAGCAAGCACACCCUGUAAGGGCUCGGCAUUUGAUUUUAAUAUUUACACGCUCUAAAAAUAGCAACAAUUUAACAACAUUUAGCAGCAGCCCUAAAUAAACAAUAAUUAACUUAAAUCAAUAAAAGUAAAACGCGCGCACUACAAAUCUAUUUUAUGACUAUAAUGAAAACAAACACUUAAAUCUUUGGCCAAACUAUUACGCUCUCACGCUAAUUCAACUCUCUAUGUUUCUCUUUUCGAAAAUUUUGAAUAAUUUCGUUUUUAUGGCCCCCCGUACAGCAUUAAAAUAAUUUGUGUUGCUGAAAAAUAUAAAAGAAAGACCACUUGCGCGAACUUAAACUAAAACUAAAAAUAAAUUAAAGACAAGAAAUGUUAAAAAUAAAUCUAACAGAAAUUUUGUGGCAUCAGCAACAGAAGCAAACGAAGCAGCAAAAAAAAUGAACAAAAUUAAAAAGCAGACGUUUGUAGCAAGGAAAAACCUAAUCAACGCGCCAGCAACAACAACGAGUAGAAGAAAAAUUAACUAAAUAAGAAAAUAAAAACAGAAGCCGCAUAGUCCGAACGACAACAAGUCCAGCAGCAGCAGCAGCAGCAACAGUCAACAGCAGCAGCGCAGCAGCAGCAGCCUCCAUAAUAACAUUAUCAUUAACAGCAGCAACAGAAGCAGCAGCAGCAGCAGCAGCAACAGCGACGAAGCUGUCAAGUGUGUGGGCGUCGGCUGUGGCUGGCAAGGACAGGAGCAGCAGCAGCAACAUCAGCAGCAAACGUUUGAGCGGAGAGAGGAGAGAGCCAAAGCCAAACCGUUGCCGUUGCCGUUGACGUUUGCGUCGUGCGGUGGCAGCAGCAGCGAGAGACGCGCGCGCGGUCGCAUUGGCGAAUCAAUUUCCGUUGCGGUGGCCGUUUCAGUUUUGGUUUCAACGUUGCUAGCGCCACGCGUGUCGCGAAUGCCCAAAUGGCGCUAACCGCCGUCGUAGCCGUCGUUGUCGUUAAUGUUGUCGUCGUUGCCGUCGCUGUCUGCCCAGCAAAUUAAUGCAAGAUCAAGAGAGCAUAACGCUUAACCAGAGCUAGACCCGAGCACAGACUCAGACUUGAUAGCAAAAAGUAAAAAAGUUAAGCAAAGUCAAAUAGCUAAAGUGAAAGUAAAAGUAAAAGAAAAAAGUAUAAAAGUUGCAAGUGCGAAUACCAAGUCGAGAGUGAGUGAGGCCACAGCAUGGAACUUGGCCGGCUGCAUGCGCUGCUGCCGUUUGCUGCAACCACAACAGCAGCAACAGCAACAACAACAACAACAGCAACAUCAACAGUGCGUCGCAGCAGCAGCGCAACAAGGAUACGCAAAAGACGCUGCCGCUGCAGUCAACAGUCGGGGCAAUUAAAAGCAGAUAUGCCAACACGCCAACCAGCAAUCUCACAUAGCAAUAGCAAUAGCCACAGUCCUGCGAGUCUCAAUCUAACGCUGAUUGGCGCCACCGCGGCGCUGACCACAGCGGCCAUGUUGCAUACAACGAAUGCGCUUGCUGCCAACCAUAAUCACAACAACAACAACAACCACAACAACAUGCAUGAUGCUGUUGCACUGCUACUGCAAGGCACUGCCACGCCUCUACCCGCCACAACAACACACGCACUGAAUGCCACGCUGCUCAGCAGUAGCACAAUUGCUGCGCUGCUCAACGACAGCGCCGCAGCUGCAGCUGGAGCUGAAGCUGUGGAUUGGUUUGAUGAUGUCUUCUGGCUGCUGAAGGCAUUCGUAAUGCUCUUUAUCAUCAUAGCAGCUAUUUGUGGCAAUCUGCUUGUUAUUAUUUCUGUGAUGCGUGUUAGAAAAUUAAGAGUUAUAACGAAUUACUUUGUAGUUUCCUUAGCCAUGGCUGAUAUUAUGGUCGCUAUUAUGGCCAUGACAUUUAACUUUAGUGUGCAAGUAACUGGGCGCUGGAACUUUAGCCCCUUCCUAUGCGAUCUGUGGAACAGUUUGGAUGUGUACUUCUCAACCGCCAGCAUACUGCAUUUAUGCUGCAUCUCUGUGGAUAGAUACUAUGCGAUUGUUAAGCCGCUCAAGUAUCCGAUAAGCAUGACGAAACGCGUCGUUGGCAUUAUGCUGUUGAACACAUGGAUAUCGCCGGCGCUGCUGUCGUUUCUGCCCAUCUUCAUUGGCUGGUAUACGACAGAGGAGCAUCGCAUCUACGUGGCAGAGAAUCCGGAGCAGUGCUCGUUUGUUGUCAACAAGUACUACGCCAUCAUAUCGAGCUCAAUAUCGUUCUGGAUACCAUGCACCAUUAUGAUUUUCACCUACCUGGCCAUAUUUCGAGAGGCCAAUCGACAGGAGAAGCAGCUGAUGAUGCGUCAUGGCAAUGCCAUGCUAAUGCAUCGUCCCUCCAUGCAGCCCUCGGGCGAGGCCAUGAGCGGCUCGGGCUCAUCGAAAACGUUGACGCUGCACGAGGUGGAGCAGGAGCAUACGCCCACAAAGGACAAACAUUUAAUCAAAAUGAAGCGAGAGCACAAGGCUGCACGCACACUUGGCAUCAUCAUGGGCACCUUUAUACUCUGCUGGCUGCCAUUCUUCCUAUGGUAUACGCUCUCCAUGACCUGCGGUCCCUGCCAGGUGCCCGAGAUUGUGGUCUCCAUACUCUUCUGGAUCGGCUACUUUAACUCGACGCUCAAUCCGCUCAUCUACGCGUACUUCAAUCGCGACUUCCGAGAGGCCUUCCGCAACACGCUGCUCUGUCUGUUCUGCAACUGGUGGAAGGAUCGUCACAUGCCGCUCGACAUUGAUAUACGUCGCUCGAGUCUGCGCUACGAUCAGCGCGCCAAAAGCGUCUACUCGGAAAGCUAUUUGAACUCAACAACGCCAGCGCAUCGUCGUCAGUCCCAGAUGGUGGAUAACUUAUAAUACAGGGAUGAGGCGCUACUGACGCCAAUUGCAAAGCAGCAGCAACGCUUGGCCGCCGCCGGCAGCGGCAUGGGCGUUGCUGCCAGCGCGCCGGCUAAGCCCAACAUGGGCAACCUGUCGGCGGAGGAUGUGCAAGAGAUACAGAUUGAAAUACCCAUGGAAUAUAUCAACAAAUGGAAUAAGAACAAUAAUGCAGCAGCCGCCACGGCAUCCAGUCAUGUGUAAACUGAAAGGAAAGAGACUGAGCUGAGCUGUAGCUGAAGCUGAAGCUGAAGCUGUUGACAACGACCAACGAAUGCAGCGCAAAUACUACCUGAUGCAAAGGACAAUGUCGAUGUCGAUGUUGAUGUUGAGUCCAUGUCGCCGUUGCUGUCGCUGUCGCUGUCGCAUCCAUCGAAUUAAUGCAAUUAAAAAUUUUCCAUUUAUUUCA